GCCCGCCCGGGCCUUUAUAAGCGGCUCCGCCCCACCUCUCGCCAACCAGCUCUCCACCUAGAGCUUCUGCCUGCUGCUGUCGCCCAACCAUCGCGCCUGCUGCUCUCACGCCGCAGAUCCGAUCCGUCUUCAUCUUCAUCUUCAUCUUCAAGAUGGCGGCGAUCACGGUGAGGCGGUCGACCAUGGUGCGCCCGGCGGCGGAGAGGCCGCGGGAGAGGCUCUGGAACUCCAACCUCGACCUCGUCGUGCCGCGCUUCCACACGCCCAGUGUCUACUUCUACCGCCGCCCCGACUCCGAGGGGCCCUUCUUCGACGCCGACCGGAUGCGGCGCGCGCUGGCGGACGCGCUAGUGCCCUUCUACCCGAUGGCGGGGCGGCUGGCGCGGGACGAGGACGGCAGGGUCGAGAUCGACUGCAGCGGGGAGGGGGUGCUCUUCGUCGAGGCGGACGCGCCCGACGCCGCCGUCGACGACUACGGCGACUUCGCGCCCACCAUGGAGCUCAAGCGCCUCAUCCCCUCCGUCGAAUACACCGACGACAUCUCCUCCUUCCCGCUCCUCGUGCUCCAGGUGACCUACUUCAAGUGUGGAGGCGUCUCCCUUGGUGUUGGCAUGCAACACCAUGUAGCUGAUGGAAUGUCUGGAUUGCACUUCAUAAACUCAUGGUCUGACCUCUGCCGUGGAGCUCAAAUUGCAGUCAUGCCCUUCAUCGACCGAACUCUUGUCCGUGCCCGGGAUCCACCAACUCCAUGCUACCCACACGUUGAGUACCAACCUGCUCCCGCGAUGCUGUCGUCAGCUCCCCAGGCUCUCACUGGAAAGCCGACGUUGGCUCCAACGGCAGUGGACAUCUUCAAGCUCACCCGCUCAGAUCUCGGCCGCUUGCGCUCGCAGCUCCCUACGGGUGAAGGUGCACCACGUUUCAGCACGUAUGCAGUGUUAGCUGCACAUGUCUGGCGAUGUGCCUCCCUUGCGCGCGGCCUGCCUGCAGAACAGCCCACCAAGCUGUAUUGUGCCACUGAUGGGCGACAACGGCUACAGCCCCCAUUGCCAGAGGGUUACUUCGGAAAUGUCAUCUUCACCGCCACCCCACUCGCUGAGGCAGGCAAGGUGACCAGUGGCGUGGCAGAUGGAGCAGCGGUCAUCCAGGGAGCACUGGAUAUGAUGUCUGAGGACUACUGCCGCUCAGCAUUGGACUACCUGGAGAUACAACCAGAUUUAUCAGCAUUGGUCCGUGGAGCCCACACAUUUCGGUGCCCUAACCUCGGUCUCACCAGCUGGGUGCGCCUGCCAAUCCACGACGCUGAUUUUGGUUGGGGACGGCCGGUGUUCAUGGGUCCCGGAGGGAUCGCCUACGAGGGGCUGGCGUUCGUCCUCCCGAGCGCAAACAAGGACGGCAGCCUGUCCAUUGCCAUCUCAUUGCAGGCCGAGCACAUGGAGAAGUUCCGGAAGCUGAUCCUCGACGUGUAAUCAGGCUGCAAUUUUAUGCUAUCAGAGAGAAGAUACAGGGCAAGGAAGAUUCAGUUUUUUUUUGUCAAAAAAGUUACAGGUUCUUGUACUGGAACCUCUUCCGGGGUAAAUUGUAUAUGUUAUCAAACAAUGAUUUCUGUUUUGUGAAGAAAAUUAAUAAUGAGUUCUCGUAGCAA